AACAAUGACCAAUUCCUGCAAAGAGUUUGUGGUAAGCGAAAAUGUUAAAAAUAUUUCACGGUUUGUUGAUGAAGAAAGUUACUACACUAACAUAGAAGAACGAUUCAAUAUUCCAUGGAGAUUGCAAAUAAAGAAGCAAUAUGGAUUUUUUUAGUUAUUAUUUGAGAUGCGAAAAGGAAGAAUGUGAAAACAAAAAAUGGUCGAUUGAAACUGAGUUCACAUUGAAAUUGGUGUCACACAAUGGUAAAAGUUUGAUGAAAAGCGGGAAGUACACAUUUGAAAAGGCUGAUGGAUUUGGUUGGUUUAUAUUCAUCAGUUGGAAUGAUUUGGAAAGUGAUUAUGUGGUUAAUGAUAGUAUUGUAGUUGAAGCUCAUGUCAAAAUAAUUAAAAUAAACGACUCUCCGUGCAUUGACUCUCAGUGCAUUGAAAACGAAAGUCAGAAAAUAUUUCUGUUGAAUCACACUGUUGAAAAUGUUUCGAGCAUUAGAGAAGGAGGUUACUAUUUCACCAAAACUGAGAAACGGUUUAAUAUUCCAUGGAGGCUAAAGAUUGAAAGAAGAAAUGGGUUUUUUGGAUUAUAUAUAUGGUGUGAUAAAGAACAAUCCAAUAGAAGAGACUGGACAAUUGAUAUGGAGCAAGAUCUAAGAUUGGUGUCUCUGAAUGGUCAGAGCUUAUCUCUAAAAGGAACAUGCACUUUCAAAGAGGCAAGGGGUUCCGGCUGGGAACAAUUUCUAAGAUGGGAUGAUAUGGAAAAGAAGUAUAUGGUGAACGACAGUAUCAUUAUUGAAGCACGUGUAAAAAUAAUUAAAAUGACUGGAUGUGAAGAGGAUUCAACCUUUUCUCUUUUGCUUUUCAGUUUAUCUCAAUAUUUCUAA